AAAUGAGCCAGAAGAACAUAUGGAUUACUAGCAGCGCUUUUGCGUUUCACAACACUGUUUUUAUUUUUGUUGUCGUGUUUCGUCUUGAUUCGCCGCUUACGGCUUCAUUUACAGUUAAUGUAUUAUAAACAAUAGUUCAAAUAAUAAUUUAUUAGCCUAGGAACAAGAACAAAAUGCUGCUACAAUCACUUUUCUUAACAGCACUUGCGCUGAUCAGCAGUUUGCCGGGCAACAAUGCUGGAAAAACAAACUUUGUGACUUGCGGCUCUAUUCUGAAAUUACUUAACUCUGAUUACAAUUACCGGCUGCACUCGCAUGAUGUAAAAUAUGGAUCUGGCUCUGGCCAGCAGUCGGUGACGGGCGUGGAGCAAAAGGAGGAUGUAAACAGUCAUUGGACGGUCAAGGCACAGAAUAACAAGAUGUGUGACCGUGGAGAGCCUAUUGCUUGUGGAGCUACCAUACGCUUCGAGCAUUUAACAACCAAAAAGAACCUGCAUUCUCAUCACUUUUCAUCUCCGCUGUCCGGUGAGCAGGAAGUAUCUGCCUACGGUGCUGACGGUGUUGGGGACACCGGUGACAACUGGGACGUUAUUUGCUCCAACGAAAACUGGAUGCGUGACGCCCAUGUGCGUUUUCGUCAUGUGGACACAGGCCUGUAUCUGGGUAUGUCCGGCCGUUCAUACGGUCGACCCAUUUCAGGCCAAAUGGAAAUUGUCGGCCUGAAUAGUCCACAGCACGGCACGCGUUGGACCACUUCCGAGGGACUGUACAUAGUGCCAAAGGAAAAGGAUACCACGCAUGAAGAAUACGCCCACACUGAGCUGUAGUCAUAGAACACGUCAUUCUUCUACUUUUAAUGCAUUAACUUAUAAUUUAGCUGAAUUUAUUUCAAACCAACUGAUACGAGCGUCUGUCAAUAAA